AUGCGCAAUCACUGUAUCUCUUCUGCUACGCCAAUGCUGCACAGCAUGUCUGUUUCACGACAACCUUGGCGGACCAUCCUACCGUUACAGUCCGCCAUACACCCGCCUGUUCUCCGUGCACCACUUGGAGUCCGAGAUUACUCCAUCUUCGAGGAUUGGAAAGGGAGUUCAGCGGAAGAUCACACACGCAAGCGGUCUAAGAAAGGCGAUACAGAGGAUGUACAUUCAGAGGCAGCCGCCUCUGGAUUGAGGGAAAGGAAAACAAACCAGGGUCUUGCAGAUGAAACCAAGUCACAGGGAAUGACGGAGAGGGGCGGGAGCAAGUAUGGAAGGAAGGCUAAAGAGGAGCAUCCCAAAGCGCCAGAGCCGGUCAUUGGCAUGAAUGACGAGCGGUCAAAGGUCAGUUCAUAUGAAUGA